CCACCAUCAGGAUUUUUUCAAUUGACCUGUAGCAGAACUGAUUCCCCUUCUCCUAAACAAGCACUUGAAACUCAGCAGAGGCAAAAGUUGCGAGGAUGCUGUCUUCAGGCAGAGGCUUGAACUCCACACUGAAGCAGCUGAAUUUAGGGAAGAAACUUGUGUAAAUUCCCUGAUUCGUAAGUACUUUCCUCAGGGCGAAGAGGACGCCCACAACAAAGAAGUGGUCCUCUCGCCUCCGGUGGGGAUUAAGAGCCAUCUUUCUUAAGGGCAGGGAGCAAGGGGGCGAACACACCCAGCUAGCUUGGAAGACGCCAGAGGCUUGGAAACCACCGAACGUCCAAUUGGGAGGUCCUGUUCACCGGAAGUUCUUGGCCUCGCAAGCGGAAGAAGCUGUGCGCCGGGGCGUUGAGGGCGGAAAUGACGGGACGGAGGUAGUGGGGUAGUUGGCGGGUGGUUGAGCGGAGCCGGUCGCCAUGUCCGCGGGGAGCGCGGCACAUCCCGGAGCCGGCGGGCGCCGCAGCAAAUGGGACCAGCCAGCGCCGGCUCCUCUUCUUUUCCUGCCCCCGGCGGCCCCAGGUGGGGAGGUCGCCGCCGGCGCGGGGAGCCCGGGGGGUGCGGCCGCCGCCCCCUCGGGAGCCCUGGAUGCCGCCGCCGCCGUGGCCGCGAAGAUCAAUGCCAUGCUCAUGGCCAAGGGGAAGCUGAAACCCACUCAGAAUGCAGCUGAGAAGCUUCAGACUCCUGGCAAAGGCCUAACUAGCAGCAAAAGCAAAGAUGAUCUGGUGGUAGCUGAAGUUGAAAUCAAUGAUGUGCCUCUCACGUGUAGGAACUUACUGACUCGAGGACAGACGCAAGAUGAGAUCAGCCGACUUAGUGGGGCUGCAGUGUCAACUCGAGGGAGGUUCAUGACAACGGAGGAAAAAGCCAAAGUGGGACCAGGGGACCGUCCAUUAUAUCUUCAUGUUCAGGGCCAGACACGGGAAUUGGUGGACAGAGCUGUAAAUCGAAUCAAAGAAAUUAUCACCAAUGGGGUGGUAAAAGCUGCCACGGGUACAAGCCCAACUUUCAAUGGUGCAACAGUCACUGUCUAUCACCAGCCAGCACCUAUCACACAGCUGUCUCCAGCCAUCAGCCAGAAGCCCCCCUUCCAGUCAGGGAUGCAUUAUGUUCAAGAUAAGUUAUUUGUGGGUCUAGAACAUGCUGUGCCCACUUUUAAUGUCAAGGAGAAAGUGGAAGGUCCAGGCUGCUCCUAUUUGCAGCACAUUCAGAUUGAAACAGGUGCCAAAGUAUUCCUACGAGGCAAAGGUUCAGGCUGCAUUGAACCAGCGUCUGGCCGAGAAGCUUUUGAACCUAUGUAUAUUUAUAUCAGUCAUCCCAAACCUGAAGGCCUGGCUGCUGCCAAGAAGCUCUGUGAGAAUCUCUUGCAAACAGUUCAUGCAGAAUAUUCUAGAUUUGUAAAUCAGAUUAACACUGCUGUACCUUUACCAGGCUAUACACAACCCUCUGCUAUAAGUAGUGUCCCUCCUCAGCCACCAUAUUAUCCAUCCAAUGGCUAUCAGUCUGGUUACCCUGUUGUUCCCCCUCCUCAGCAGCCAAUUCAACCUCCCUAUGGUGUCCCAAGUAUAGUGCCACCAGCUGUUUCAUUGGCACCUGGAGUCUUGCCAGCGAUACCUACUGGAGUUCCACCUGUGCCAACACAAUACCCGAUAACACAAGUACAGCCUCCCAUUAGCACUGGACAGAGUCCGAUGAGUGGGCCUUUUAUUCCUGCUGCUCCUGUCAAAACUGCCUUGCCUGCCGGGCCCCAGCCCCCACACCCGCCCCAGCCCCAACCCCAGCCCCAGCCCCAGCCCCCACUUCCAACUCAACCUCAGGCACAGAAGAGACGAUUCACAGAGGAGCUACCAGAUGAACGGGAAUCUGGACUUCUUGGAUACCAGCAUGGACCCAUUCAUAUGACUAAUUUAGGUACAGGCUUCUCCGGUCAGAAUGAGAUUGAAGGUGCAGGAUCGAAGCCAGCAAGUUCCUCAGGCAAAGAGCGAGAGAGGGACAGGCAGUUGAUGCCUCCACCAGCCUUCCCAGUGACUGGAAUAAAAUCAGAGUCUGAUGAAAGGAAUGGAUCUGGAACCUUAACAGGGAACCAUGAUUAUCCAGUGAAGAAGAUGAAAACGACGGAAAAGGGGUUUGGCUUAGUGGCUUAUGCUGCAGAUUCAUCAGAUGAAGAAGAGGAACACGGAGGUCAUAAAAAUGCAAGUAGUUUUCCACAGGGCUGGAGUUUGGGGUAUCAGUACCCUUCAUCACAACCACGAGCUAAACAACAGAUGCCGUUCUGGAUGGCCCCAUAGGAAACGGUGGAACAGAGCUUUGAACGUCGGUGACUCUUCUUUUAGCAAUAAUGCAUGCAUUUGAUUUAACAAGACUCUGGGGCCUCUACUGGGAGCCAUCUUGGACCUUUGCAGAAGUUACAGAUGCACUGUCCCCUAUUCUUAAAGGGACUCCAUUCUUCAUAAAACAUCCUUAUUUCUGCAGUGGCAUAACAUCUGUUAAAAUUUACUUAGAAUCACAAAUUUGUCUCAGAAGCUUUUUAACCAUUGGUGAAACAUGCUUAUUCCACAAAGCAUCCCAACAGGCUCAUCCCCAUAUACACUUAACCUGGUCCACUCUUUUCCAAAUGAAUAGCUCCUAUUUGGGCAUAAAGUUUUAUUUGUAUUUUAUUACUAUUUGCUCACUUUUGAUAACUGGUUACAAAACAAGCCUUACUGUCUAUGGGGAAGUGAUUUUAAGAUAUCCUUUCAGUACUGAAAUCUAAGUACUCCUCAUUCCUAUUUCAUCUUCAGAUUCUUUCUGUUGUAGAAACUGCAGUUAAGAAUCCAGGCAUAGCUGGAGCUGGGGUAGGAAAAUGGACCUGCUUUUUUGAUUGUGUCUUUGUAUUGGGAUGCCCGGCAACUGGCACCUUCCAGCACACUUUCUCAGAUAGCCAUUACUAUUUUUUACUCCCCUUCUAAGCUCCUUGUCUUCAACUGGGUCAGAGUAAACUGCUUGAUCAAAAGCUGGUCAGACUCAUGACAGAAAUGAAACACAGUGGUCUGUCUCAAAUAGAGCUUUGACUGCUCAUAGUAGGAUGGUGGACUUAAUGACUGAAAUGCAACUUGUCCUUUUUCUUGGCAUUACAGGUUUUGCCAAAAGAACUUUUUUGUAUCAAAUACUGAUGUGUGAAAGUGAAGGAGCUAGUCUGCUGAACCAGGAGUAGUUUGAGAUACUGAACUGUCAUUUUUGCACAUUUGAAUACUCUGCAGGCUGGCUUUGUAUAAACCCUCUGGUUUCCUAUAUGUUGUAAAUAUUUAGACCAUAAUUUCAUUAUAAAUAAAUGUACAAAUAUU